AUGGGAGGGGGAAAGGCGGACGUGGCGCCGGUUCCCCCGCCUCUGCGUGGGAUGAUGCUCUUCGUCACACAGACCCUGGCUGAGGCGUUGGCCCUCGCGUCCGGCGCCCGUGACGCGUCUGUCAGCGGAGCGCGAGGGGCGCAGCGACAGGCAAGACCUCCGCCGUUGUGCCCGUCCGAGGAGCGCCUCUUCAAGGCCUUUCAACACGAGUUUGCCUCGUGCCAAGGAAAGCCACACCACAGCCUCUUGCGCCCCCCGCCCCAGGGCCACUCUGGGGCGGCCCCCGCCGUCUGCUUGCAGCGACAGUCCAACGCCUCUGCCUUGGAGCGCGGGUGCUACCUUCUUGACCUGGAUCACGUUUACACGGCGCCCGCCACGCUCUUCACUGAGGCCCAUCAAUGGUGGAAGGACAACACGCGAGAAUUGCGAAUGCGGAAAAAAACAUCCAUUUUAAGGCGUCCUGUGCUUCUUAUGAUUGUGCUGUCUCCUCCAGAGACGGCAGCGCCGAGGGAGCCAGGGAAUAUGUUUCCGUCUCUUGUCCUUGCAUCGGCAGACACCGUGAAGGGAGGCGAAGAGGAACUUCUGGCUCGGGUGUGUGGAUUCCCACCAGACGCUACAUUUGGUGUGUCGUUGUCGCGGCUGCGAGAACUCGCAUCUGAUGAUACUACGAAAUCAUUGGCUACAGAGGGGAGGGAAUGGAAUUGGCUUAUCACACAUCACCAGUCACGGGGUGUUUCAUGUGAUUGGUGCAACGCCACACUCAUUUCGAGUGAUUUUCUUACGCACUCCAUCUUUUUCUUGGAGUGGUGCGUCCCAGAGGAUUUUGCCUGGUCGCCUGGGCCGACACCGGCGGAGGGCUGGGGAUCUGAUGUGCUGGGCAAACUGUUGCGUGGUAUCAGCGAGCAAUUGUUUCCUGCCGGCGGUGCGGACAGUGGUGAGCUCCCGUCAAAGCGUCACCGCGCAGAGAAUAACGAGGCCUUUCUGGACCUGGUUCCCACCGCAAGGCUUGAGAUUGGUUCCUCCACGCAACUGCUUGAAGAGGCAAAGCGGGAGGUUGACGUGCGCUUCGUAGAGGCCAGCCGCGGUGCCGUGUCCCUGCCGCCUCACGAGCGCGUCGUAAGGAACCUCUUGGGGCAACUCAACAUGAUAGAGGAGGUUUACUUUUCUUCUUCUCCUCCUGUAUGCGGCGUGUCUGUUGUGAAAGCAGCGGACGCGGAUCCCCCGCCUUUACCCGCCGCCCCAACGGGGAGGGUUGCACAACUGUUGAGGCGCUGGGAGGAGAUGCACGGGGGUCGCGGUGGGCGCCCGCUUUCGUCUCCCGACCUGUUGCGCCAUCAGGCCCGGAGUGGCGGGCCAGCGGUUGGGGUUUCCAGGGAAGAUGCGGGGACGCCGUUUCUCGAGCUGCUGCAGAAAAGAUGCAUGUCGGGUGGGCCGCAGAGCUCGGCUCCUUUCCUGCUCACUUGGGACGGGGAGCGGCUGCUGGAGGCACCGCGCGUGGCCGAAACGACACUUCGCGAACCACCCGAAGGCAUGGUGGAAUUGGCAGACGUGGCUGAGUUGUUGGCGACUCUCAAUGCAUCGUCGGCAGAGCAUCUCUCGCGCGUGACGGCCGGUGAGUGUGGUCUGGGAUGCCAACUUCCUCGCGGGCCGCUUAAAGACAUUUUGGAGGACUCUGUUGCCGCAUAUAUCUCCUCUGCCGCUGUCACUGCACCGUCAGUGGUUGGGGAUGUGGCAUGCGCCCAUGACGUCGCUGAACCUUCACGCGAGCGAGACGACGGCCGCCUCUCACCUCCUCCGACGGCCCUGUUGGAAGCUCUGGGUGAUGUGGUUCUUAACUUUGCCUACGGCGUUGGCGGGGGGGCGGAUGCCCACGACAGUCCUAUUCACGAUGCUCUGCGUGAUAUGCUGGCCCACGUGAGCCACAUCGCGCCAAAUGCACCUGCGAGUGCGGGGAGCGGUCGUCCCUCCAGUCCCAUCAGGGGGUCCGGUGAAAGCAACACGGCCGUCCAUGCUGCGUGUCUCGCACCCACUGCCGCGCUUCGAGGAAUGGGUGCGGCACAAACGGCGGUGAAGCACGCGGCUGCUGGCUUAACUGAAGUGGACGCGAAAAGCCGUGGGGUGCGGUGGCUCAGACACCUUGCUUUUCUUUUUGCGCACGCCGCGGCGCCUGCGGCUGCAACGGGUCCCAUCCCUUUGCCUGCGCCAAAGGAACUUCCGUCAAUAGAAGUGGAGCAGGCCCGGCGUGUCGUACGAGGGCUUGAGGCACAUUUGUUUUUUCUGGAUGCUGCCUUGUGUGCCGUUGAUGGGGCGAUUGCGAGGCGCUGGGAAGACGUCCAUGAGGCCUUGGAAAAAGGAAGCACCUGA